UCCCAGCCUCUGACCUACUUUUGUGUUUAUGUGGUCGAUGGGGUCAGUUACCUGCUGCAAGAGAUUUAUGGAAUUGAAAAUAAGUAUAACUCGCAGCAAUCGAAGGUCCCAGCCGAUGAGCUGAGUGAUAACAGUGCGGAGUGUGUCGUUUGUCUGUCUGAUGUCCGGGACACCCUUAUCCUACCCUGUCGUCAUCUGUGUCUCUGCAAUGCCUGUGCUGACACCCUCCGAUACCAAGCCAACAACUGCCCAAUCUGCCGGCUCCCAUUCCGUGCUCUCCUGCAAAUCCGGGCGAUGAGGAAGAAAGUGGAUCCUCUGACACCGAGUGGCUACAACCCUAUCAUCACAUCGCAGAUAGCUGAGACUGAUGAUCAUCCGGCUUCUGAUCAUAUCCCUGUGGGCUAUGAGGUCGUUUCACUGCUCGAAGCUUUGAACGGACCCCUCACUCCUUCACCUUCAGCUCCUCCCAUUCACCGGGUUAGAGAUGGCCUCACACCCAGUCCCUUACCUACCAUUGGACCUGAUGGACGAACCCUUCCUGUGCACACUUUGUCUCCAUUGGACAGAGUUUGUGACAACACCAACCAAGGCUUCAAGCUGAAGAAAAGCUCUUCCAAGUCAGUCUCACGCAGCUCGUCCAUUCUUCAUGAGGAAGAUGAAGAGAAAUCAUUCAGUGACAGGGAGAUAGUGUCCCCCAUAAAACAGAACAAUCAGGAGAUUGAGGAUUCAAGUGCUACUCCUGAGAGUGAGAAUGUGACCCUAUCAUCAUCUGGAGCUGUCGACCAGUCUUCAUGUACCGGCACACCACUGUCCUCCACCAUUACAUCACCAGAAGAUGACAGCAGCGGUCUGGUGCAGUCAGUGAUGUCAAUGGCAUCCUCUCAGCUCAGCACAGACACCAUCUCCUCGAUGUCUGGCUCCUACCAGGCCCCUGGCCCUGAUGAUCUGUUGGAGUGUAUUUCUGAAGAGCAUCUGACACUGCCAGCCACACAGGAGGAAGAUGAGGAGCUGAAGGUGAGACUCUGGCUAUCACUGCCGAGGUCAGUAUUUCACACAAUCUCGACAGUGCAGCAAGAGGCCAUUGGGCCCAUCCUGCUGCAUUGGCUCUUCUAACAGGGCCACUCUCCUCCCUUUCCCUAAUAUCCCUGCCUGUUAAUUCCACAUAACCAUC